GGCGGAGGCGCCCGGUCCCGGCCGCGCGGAGCGGACAUGUGCAGGCUGGGCUAGGAGCCGCCGCCUCCCUCCCGCCCAGCGAUGUAUUCAGCGCCCUCCGCCUGCACUUGCCUGUGUUUACACUUCCUGCUGCUGUGCUUCCAGGUACAGGUGCUGGUUGCCGAGGAGAACGUGGACUUCCGCAUCCACGUGGAGAACCAGACGCGGGCUCGGGACGAUGUGAGCCGUAAGCAGCUGCGGCUGUACCAGCUUUACAGCCGGACCAGUGGGAAACACAUCCAGGUCCUGGGCCGCAGGAUCAGUGCCCGCGGCGAGGAUGGGGACAAGUAUGCCCAGCUCCUAGUGGAGACAGACACCUUCGGUAGUCAAGUCCGGAUCAAGGGCAAGGAGACGGAAUUCUACCUGUGCAUGAACCGCAAAGGCAAGCUCGUGGGGAAGCCCGAUGGCACCAGCAAGGAGUGUGUGUUCAUCGAGAAGGUUCUGGAGAACAACUACACGGCCCUGAUGUCGGCUAAGUACUCCGGCUGGUACGUGGGCUUCACCAAGAAGGGGCGGCCGCGGAAGGGCCCCAAGACCCGGGAGAACCAGCAGGACGUGCAUUUCAUGAAGCGCUACCCCAAGGGGCAGCCGGAGCUUCAGAAGCCCUUCAAGUACACGACGGUGACCAAGAGGUCCCGUCGGAUCCGGCCCACACACCCCGCCUAGGCCACCCCGCCGCGGCCCCUCAGGUCGCCCUGGCCACACUCACACUCCCAGAAAACUGCAUCAGAGGAAUAUUUUUACAUGAAAAAUAAGGAAGAAGCUCUAUUUUUGUACAUUGUGUUUAAAAGAAGACAAAAACUGAACCAAAACUCUUGGGGGGAGGGGUGAUAAGGAUUUUAUUGUUGACUUGAAACCCCCGAUGACAAAAGACUCACGCAAAGGGACUGUAGUCAACCCACAGGUGCUUGUCUCUCUCUAGGAACAGACAACUCUAAACUCGUCCCCAGAGGAGGACUUGAAUGAGGAAACCAACACUUUGAGAAACCAAAGUCCUUUUUCCCAAAGGUUCUGAAAGGAAAAAAAGAAAAAACAAAAAAAAAAGAAAAACAAAGAGAAAGUAGUACUCCGCCCACCAACAAACUCCCCCUAACUUUCCCAAUCCUCUAUUCCUGCCCCAAACUCCAACAAAAAUCGCUCUCUGGUUUGCAGUCAUUUAUUUAUUGUCCGCUGCAAGCUGCCCCGAGACACCGCGCAGGGAAGGCGUGCCCCUGGGAAUUCUCCGCGCCUCGACCUCCCGACGACAGACGCCUCGUCCAAUCAUGGUGACCCUGCCUUGCUCGCAGUUCUGGAGGAUGCUGCUAUCAACCUUCCGUGACUCACGUGACCUAGUACACCAAUGAUAAGGGAAUAUUUUAAAACCAGCUAUAUUAUAUAUAUUAUAUAUAUAUAAGCUAUUUAUUUCACCUCUCUGUAUAUUGCAGUUUCAUGAACCAAGUAUUACUGCCUCAACAAUUAAAAACAACAGACAAAUUAUUUAAAAAACCAUGAGGCGAGUGGUGGCUGGUGGCAGGGCAGGGGCAGGGUGGCCUCUGUGUCUCGUGCUUUCUGGUUGGUCUGUGGUCUUUGCACUGAGAGCUAGGGCCUUGCACAUUCAUUCAUUCAUUCUUUGAAUUCAACAUUACUAUGCACCAGGCGCUGUAAAGGCAGCCUUAGAACAGAUGGAAAUCCUUGCUUUCCAGGAGAUUCCAUUCUAAUGGGUCAUUGAUUCAGUGGCCUCUUCAGUCAUUUGUUCAUAUGCAUUUACUCAUACCUCUCAUGUGCCAAGGCUCGAUUCUCGACCCUGGGGAUUUAUCCAAGAACAUGGAAGAAAAUCCCAGCCCUCAGGGAACUUCACUUCUAGUAAUUCAUUGAUUCAUUGCUUCAUUUGCUCAUUUAUUGAUGGAUUUAUCCAUUCAAUAUAUAUUUCUUAGGCACUUACUAAGCGCCAGGCACUCUUCUAGGUACUGGAAAUUCAUCAAAGAAUAAAACAGACAAGAAAUCAUGCCUGUCAGAGCUUGCAGUCUAGGGAUUAAUUGAGUCACUUGUGUUUUCCACAUCAGUGUUUUGCUAGGCACAGGUUGAACAAGGGAAUAUGGUGGGAGGAUCUAGAUCAGUUUGGGACCUGGCAUGUCUGUCCUCAAACUCCCAUGGGCUGGAGCUUGAGGAAUCUGGUGAUGUUACCUUCCAAGAACCCAUCCUUCAACGUCUUAUUUCCCAGGGCCUGUCCCAGGAUGUCAGGGAGAGGCCAGGUUAGUCUCGGGAUUGAGGCAGAUUGAGGAUUAUUGAGUCCUCUGCCCUGAGAUUUGGGCUGUGUGAGCAGUCAGGCUUCAAGUGGGGGACUGUUUCUGUUUCUUCCCCUCCCCAUGGCCUCCAACCUAAGUGUCUUUGUGGGGCAAACCAUGUAUUCCUGGUGGGGCAGGAGGUAGCCUGAGGCAGAAGGCACCUCUGCUGCUGGGGUCCUGUGGCUGUCACCUGCCUCCCUUGAAAACUACCCCCCAGGGCUGGUCAGGAGAGGUCCCCAUGAGACCCUAAGGAGAGGUGGGGGCAGAGGCAGUGAGGAGGGGUAGGAGUGCCUUCUCUGCAGUUUCCAGGCUGGAGUUGGCGUUCCACUUCUUCUGAGCGCAGCUCUUGGUCUUGCCCUCGCUCUCUGCGUCAUGAAACCUUAUCCGUUCACCCCUGGGCCCUGUCCCGCAUGUCUGUGGCUUGCCCUCCUGUCCAUCACAGCACAUUUCUGUAGAGUUUUGUGAAGCUCUUUAUUUGCGCAUCUCAUGGUGUUCUCAGGAUGCCUUUAUUAUCCCCAUUUUAUAGAUGAGGAGACUGAAUCUCAAUAACAUCAAGCCACUUCUCCAAGAUCACAGAAUAAGAAAGUGGUUGAACCUGUGUCCAAAUCUUAGCUUCUCCAGGAGGGCGAUGGCUGCCACUUGGAGAGUGCCUACCAUCGUCGGAACCCCUGCUGGGGGCUUCAGUAGGGGCGCUGCCUGGGUAUCCAUCAGACAACUCUGCGUGGGAGGUGGGUAUCCCUGCAUGGGAGGUGGGCACCCCUGCUUCCACACUGGACAGAGACUCCAAGAGAGUAUCAGCUUGCCCUAGGCCUCACAGUGAACAGGCGACAGCCUGAGACUCUGGCUGAUAAUCACAGUGAUUCAGGUUGUCAUCGAUGGAGCACCUGUUACAUGUCAGCUGCGUUCACUCUUCCUGUAUUAUUUUAUUUAAUGGAAACAAUAACCCUAAGAGAUGGGUGUUGCUAGAAAAUUGUGGAGCCAGAAUGCAAUCAGUCAUCUGCUCAUUCAUCCAAAAAGUAUUUAUUGACUUUACUCUGUGCCUGACACUGUCCCAGGGGCUGGAGAUACAGCAGUGAACUGCACAGAGCCCUGGUCCUCAUGGGGCUUCCAUUCUAUUAGGGAAGGUCAGUAAUAAAACAGAUACAAAAUAUAACACCAGGGAGUGGCAAAUCAUAAGAAAAAAAUAAAACAUGGUGAGGGGAUAGAGGAUGCUGUUUUAGAUGGGGUAGUCAGGGGAGGCUUCUGGAUGGGGGAUUUUUGAGCAGGAAGGAAGCAAGGGAAGAGUGUUCCACAGAGAGUACCACAGCCUGGAGGGCUGUCGUGGGAUGAAGAGGGGCCAGAACGGCUGGAACUGAGUGGGUGGGGUUGGG